ACUUGUUUGAAUUGUAUAAUUUGUCUGGAAUAUGGUUGCAAACCCUAACAAGAAAAGAAUGUAAUUAGAGUUGUGUAUUGUAUGUGCUUUAAAUGUUCGUCCAUUAUUGUUGUGAUUAUGCAUGAACGUUUGUUUUGAUGUUGAAAUUAAAUAGCUUAAGAAACAGUCAAUCUUUCCGUCCGGGUGUACACCCCCCAACCCCCAGCUUUGCGCCCAGUGCUUCCGGAAUAGGCUCCGGCCCACCGAGACCCUGCUCAGGAAAAGCAGUUAUCGAAAUUGGAUGGGCAGAUUAUUUCAAAAGCUGCCUCCAGAUCAUCCACAGCGUCCAGUGUCCCGCUGGGGCUGUAGGGGAGGGCGACGACGCCCGAGCGCUGCGUUCAGGGCCGGGACUCCAACUGCACUUUUCAGCCUGUGCUCAGUUUGCGGGGCUGGAAGGCCUUGACACAGCCAGACAUAGUCCUGGGACACAGAGCGACACGAAGACGGCUCUCAGCACCGGGUCUGCAGCCCCGUCAUGGACAGCAGUCAGUCAGCGCUGCUGCUCUCCAGGAAGAGAAGGAAUGAAGACUGGAACGGAGAGAGGGAUGAGGAGCACCGGCCGAGGAAAAUACCGCGAUGUACCGUGGGAUUGAACAAUCCUGCCCCCUUCACUGACCAGCUGGAGUCAGUUACCACACCCUACCGACGUGUGAGCCUGGAGGAGGCAAGGAAGGGCACCCCAGCUGACCGUCCGGUGCGCGUGUAUGCCGAUGGCAUCUUUGACCUCUUCCACUCCGGCCACGCCCGUGCGCUCAUGCAGGCCAAAGGACUCUUCCCAAACACACACCUCAUCGUGGGCGUGUGUAACGAUGAGCUGACACACAACUUCAAGGGCUUUACGGUCAUGAACGAGGAUGAACGCUAUGACGCCGUUAGCCACUGUCGCUAUGUGGAUGAGGUCGUUCGCAACGCGCCCUGGACCCUCACGCCAGACUUUCUUACCAAGCACCGGAUCGACUUUGUGGCCCACGAUGACAUCCCAUACUCCUCUGCCGGAAGUGACGAUGUCUACAAGCACAUCAAGGAGGCAGGCAUGUUUGUGCCCACACAGCGGACGGAGGGCAUCUCCACCUCCGACAUCAUCACGCGCAUCGUGCGCGAUUACGACGUCUACGUGCGCCGCAACCUCCAGCGAGGAUACACCGCCAAGGAGCUCAACGUCAGCUUCAUCAACGAAAAGAAGUACCACUUGCAGGAGCGGGUGGACAAGGUGAAGCGCAAGGUGCGCGAUGUCGAAGAGAAGUCCAAGGAGUUUGUGCAGAAGGUCGAGGAGAAGAGCAUUGACCUCAUCCAGAAGUGGGAGGAGAAGUCGCGGGAAUUCAUCGGCAAUUUCCUGCAGAUGUUUGGCCCAGAGGGGGCGCUGAAGCACAUGCUGAAGGAGGGCCGAGGGCGCAUGUUACAGGCCAUCAGCCCCAGGCACAGCCCCAGCAGCAGCCCGACACGCGAGCGCUCCCCUUCGCCCUCCCCUGCCUUCCGCCUGCCUUUCUUCACGAAGACGUCACCACCACCCUCCCCACCGCACCCCAGCAGUAGCCACAGGGGUCCUCUCCAUGAAGAAAGGGAUGAUGAUGAUGAUGAUGAUGAAGAAGAAGAAGAUGAUGAUGAUGAUGACAAUGACAAUGGUGACUGAACAGCAGAGGACAAUGAGGAUGAGACAUGUAGAACAGCCAUCAAUGAGGAAGGAGAAGAUGGGACUGCAACUUCUCGUCUGAAUCGCCUGCUUCUCUCUGCAUGUGCAGUGUGAACACAGUCCUUCCGUGAGGGAGGUGGACGGCAGAAAAGAUAGUCAGUAACGUCAUACCGGUGUGUGUACAGUAAUAUGUAGAACAAAGUCAAAGCCCUUUCAGUUCUCUGGUUUUAAACAUUAGUACAUAAGCAACCUUUUUGUUUGAAUAAAUAAUGACACUAAAGUGUUUCGUCAUAUUUUGUCACACGGAUCUACUGUUUGGACGCUGGAGGAGUAGACGAGGGUCAGUUAUGUCACAUAUACAGUAUGUGUAACACACCCACACCCAUACAU